AUGAGCCAGCCACCCACCUGUCCAAUAUGCUAUUACGCAUACGAUGAUGAACUCGUCAUCCCAAAGUUGUUGUCAUGCGGUAACCAUCACAGUGUGUGUCACAAAUGUCUCGCAGAACUUUUGAAAACAUCCAAUCCAAAAUGUCCACUGUGCCAAGCUUCUCUUCAACGAGCUAUGUCAUGUUUCAGAGAUAACAAUGAUAUUAUAGAUUCUUUCAAUUACAUCAAACGAGUUCAAGAGCGUGAAUGCUUAAGCAGUUGCUCAAAGUGUCAUCUUCAAGGAGAUGAAGAAAUGUUCGUGGUCUGUAGUUCUUGUUUCAACAAUGGUUCUCUAGCAGAAGUUGAUUUGAAAGCUCUCUGUGUUGCGUGUUUUUCCAAAUGUCAUAAAGACCACGAAACAGUUCCUUUGGUUGAAAUGAGAGCCAUGAAAACUGCUGAGAUGUUGCGAUCUCGAUUGGUUAGCUACACAAAUUAUAAUAAGACUAUUGGUUCAUACAUCUCCGAGAUAUUACCUUAUCUCACUGAAAGCGAAUCGUUAUCAAACAGUCUAGCAGACAUGGCUGAACAUGCUAGAAGUUCCAAAAUUCUCAAAAAAAUAAGCAAAACAUUUGACGAUGACACGAAGUACCUUACAGAAGCAAUCAAAAAGUUUCAAGAUGAAAUGGUUCUUACGUUCCUCACCCUUCUGAAGAAUAAGAUUCAAAUUCAGAAAAUACAUAUCAAGAGCAUGAAAGCUUUCUGUACAGUGCAGAAAGAAGUGCCCAAAAAACCGGAAGUACAGUUUCAAAUCAUCUCAUCUGUGUUCCUGAUUUUUGCUCUUUUGAAACUGCUUUUCAUUCAUUUGACGACAAGAGUGAAGAAGGAGAAAGUCACAAACGACAACACUGCUUCACAAUAG